AUGGAGGAAGCUGAGCUGCCGACGUCAGCUGCCGAGGCUUCUUCGCUCGUGUCGAGCUGCCUGCAGUCAUGGGAAUCCGACGGCCGAGAUCAGCUCACGCUCAUCAUCCUCUUCUCCUCUCGGCUCCUUUCUCGUGUGGCUUCCCAUCUCCUCUCCCUUCUCCGAAACCAUCACAGUCACAGCGCAUUCGACGCAGCAUGCGCAACCCUCUCUCAGGGCAGCUCACAGUCCUCCAAGGCGGUGCCGGCCCUGACGCUGCUCCUUCACGCGUUAUUCUCGUCUCAGGCAUUUCGUCCACAGCUUACGACUGAGAGCUUCUCAGGCAUCUUUGAGCACGUCGUUGAAGAGACCAAAGACCAUGGCUUGGUCGACGCCGUGCUCGAUGUGAUCUGGAGUGUCGAUGCAGAAAUCGAUGCCCGGAAAGAGCUUGUUCUCGCCGAAGAUGAAGCAACUGAUCACGUCAAAACGCUGACGCCCGACCUUGUCGACCAAGUCAACGGCGCAAACCUCGAUGGUCAGGUCGAUGCAGCAAAGCAAAGACUCGCGGAUGUCGUCCGAGAGCUUCUCAAAAAUGACUUUUUUUCGCGCGAGCUGGUAUCAGAGAGACUUGAGGUGCCGCUCUUGCACGCAGUAGGCUUGGUGCAGGACCAAACGGCCUUCAACCGCAGAGGGAUAAGGAUCAACACGGCCACGCUCUACAAGCAGCAAAAGUUCAACCUGCUCAGAGAGGAGAAUGAGGGGUACUCGGGCCUCAUAGGCGAGCUCAUCGGUGGCAUGGGGCCCCCUAUCGCUGCGGUGACGACUCAGACCGGGUCGGUCGAGGUAGUGGAGCGUGAGGGUGAAGAGGAGCGAAAUCGAAGGGCGAGAAAGGUCAUGAACGACAUUUCAGCGCUCAUCGGCUACUUUGAUCUGGAUCCAAACCGAGUGCUGGACAUCAUCAUCGACAUCUUCUCCACCAAUGUCGUCCGUCACUGGCCUUUUUUCCUUGCCCUUUUGGCCUCGUCGCCCUGGGGCAAGGAGAGGGCAAAGGGAAAGGGAGUGGUCGAUGGCUCCUCUUCCUCUUCCUCCCACGUCGGACCUGUCGACAUGAGCUUGUCAGAUGACCUUGGCAACCACACUUGCGCACAGGUUCUUGGCUUUAAAUUUGGGUUUUACCAGACGGAGACGAACGAAAAGACACCCGAUGAGCUCUACCUCAUGACAGCUCUCAUGAUCCGCGAGGGCUACGUGCGCUUCUCCGACAUCUACACGCACCUGACCCCUGACGAAAAGGGCAUGUCGAUGCUCCAGGAACAGUACCAGAAUGCCCUCAGUGACAAAGUCAUGAGUGCAAGAGGCAAUGCUCUCUCAAUGGCCGCUCCUCUCACCCAAGAGGAGACAACAUCGCAGGGCGGUGGCACUUCUUCGGCAAAGGAAAAGGCAGCAGCGGAGGCGGCAGCAGCAGCAAAGGUUCCGCCAAAUCAGGUCGUCGGGCUACUCAAAGCUCUCCUCGGCAUUGGUCAGCUCAAGCAUGCACUCUUCAUCCUCGCAAGAUAUCCCUGGCUUGGUGGUGCCUUUCCCGAGGUCGCGGAUCUCUAUUCCCGCCUUUUACGGGUCAUACUGGCCCCCGCGUAUGCCACCGUCUCUCUGUCGACGCAGAUUGCUGCGUUGUCUCAGCUGUCGGCCCCCCGACUUCGCUACGAUCCAAAGAAGCAAGCCUUGGCUGAGGCUGCGCCACCGCAGCCGGUCGUAACGCAAAUCGCUCCGGAGCCGCUUACAAGCGCCCACUGGCAUCCCGUCUACUUCUAUCCCCACUGGCAGAGCCUGCUGCCGGGCUGCUCUAUUGCCGACCUUCUCUCCAACUUUAUACCGCUGCUUCGGAUCUUGGGAGCUCAACUCCACCGCGACACUGUGCUGCUCCAGCAGCUUUGCCGGUUGGGAAAGGCGGCGAUGCGAAUCGCAGUCGGCUCCGCGGCGCGGGAAGACGACAAGACGGCGUGGCUCGAGGUCGUCCGGUCUUUCCUCUUGCCAGCCCUCUCCAUGACCUCGGGCAACUCCGGUCUCGUGUCCGAGGUCUGGCUUAUCAUUCGACAACUGCCUUACACCGAGCGCUAUGCCCUGUAUGGCGAAUGGAAGUAUUCGAUCUACAAGCGGCCUGAGCUCCGUGUUCGACAGGCGGAGACGGAGAAAGAAGCAAAGGGGAUUCUUAAGCGUAUCAGCAGUGACAAUCUGAAGCUGUCGGGUCGAGCGUUGGCCAAGGCUUCCCAUGCCAACCCCACUGUCUUCUUCACUGUUGCUCUCAACCAGGUGCAGGCGUACGACAACCUCAUUGCACCCAUCGUGGAAUCCGCCAAAUACUUGACCCACUUCGAGUACGACGUCUUUGGUUUCAACCUCAUUGACGCUCUGUGCAACCCUGAAAAGGAAAGGACGAAGCAGGACGGUACGAGCGUCAGCCAGUGGCUCAAGAGUCUUGCUGCCUUCACCGGCACCCUCUACCGAAGAUAUGCUAUGAUGGACUGCUCUCCAGUGCUGCAGUACAUUGCCAACCAGCUCAAGGAGAACAACUCGAAGGACCUCGUCAUUAUUCGCGAGCUCGUCCUCAAGAUGGCAGGCAUCGAGCCGUUGGCCAAUUUGUCCGAUGCCCAGAUUGCCGCCUUGACGGGCGGUCGGCUUCUCAGAAUGGAGGCCAUGAUGGUGGCCAAUGCAGCGGUGGCGACCACGGCAAGGGCGAAUCUCCGCAGGAGCGGUGCUCGCCUUCUGGCGGCAUUGCUCGACUCGAGGAUGGCGAUCCCUCUUUUGGUCCUGAUCGCUCAGCAACGUCAGGCUUGCGUCCAUCUUGUUCCAGAGAGCGAGGCUCAUCUCAAGUACCUCGGCAACCUUUUCGACACCUGUCAAGAGGUCCUCUUCCAGUACAUUGAGUUCCUACAUAACCAGCUCGAACCUAGUGCAUACGCAAGCCUCAUGCCUACCCUCAAAGACCUUGUCGGCAGGUUUGGCGUUGAGCCGGCCAUUGGCUUCCAUAUCGCGCGCCCUCGUCUGAUUCACCGGAUGCGUGCUAUUGACGCAGCAGAAACCGAGGAAAGGCUACGAAAGGAACUCCUGGCCAGCAAGGCGAAGAAUAAGCCGACACCGUCAGUUGCUGUCAAGACCGAUGACGAUGUGAAGAUGGGAGAAGCAGGUGCUGCGGACGAAGCUGCAAAGGACGAGUCGAAGGGUGCCAAUGGAGAAGAGGCAAGCGGGAAGGAGGGAGAGGCAAAGGCGACGGAGGAGGACGUGAAGGCGACUGAAGCGGAGGAAGGCAAGGAAGGCGAAGGUCAUGAUGCCAAGAGAAAUGAGGACGAGACACACGGUGCUCAGUCAUCCGACGUAGAGAUGGUCAAUGGCGAAGCCACGGAAGCCGCCACCGCCCUGCAGCCACAAGAAGCUUUGGCAGUUGAGGCUUCCGUCCAGGCACGGCCCAUCUGGAGAGCCGGGCUCGAAGAGGCCCUUGAUGCGGCUGAGGAGGUUCUCGACGAGGACGUCAAAGAGUUUCUGGGCGUCCAUUUCUACGCCACAUUCUGGCAGCUGAGCCUGGCCGACAUUGUGGUUCCAUCGGAAAGGUACGACCAAGAAAUGAAGGCAGUACAGGCUGUCAUCAACGCCAAUCCCGAGGACGCGCGCAGAGGCAAGCAGGUCAACCACAAGCUCCGUAUUCAAGCUCAAGAUCUCAUGGCACAGCUCAAGGCCGAGCUGAAGCAGCAGACGCUGGCCCAUCAAGCCACUAGGAAGCGCAUUAACGUUGAGAAGGAUCACUGGUUCCCCAACACGCCACGGCGUUUGACGAUCGUCCAGCAACUGACGCAACACUGUCUUGUCCCCCGAGCGCUCUUGUCGUCGACGGACGCCAUCUUUGCUGGCCGAUUUGUGAAGCUGAUGCACGCCUGUGGCACUCGCAACUUCUCAAGCUUGACGGUGUAUGACAAGCUUCUCACCGAGCAAGUGGCUCCUCUCAUCUUCAGCUCGACCGAGAAUGAGGCACGGAAUCUGGCUCGGUUCCUCCAGGUCAUCUUGACCGACCUCAAUUCAUGGUUUUUGGACGCGAAGCGAUACGAGAAGGAAGCCAAGGGCCAGGACCUGCCGGGCUUCCAGCUUCGUUGGGGCGACAGACACGGUGGCGAGAAGAUUCCAGAGCAAGACCUGCUGAGCCACGAGCAGUUCAGGACGUUGCUCCAGAGAUGGCACAACCACCUUCGUACAGCUCUGCGAGAAUGUUUGAGAUCGCGCGAGUACAUGAGGAUCCGCAAUGCCGUUGUCGUCAUGACGAGAAUCGCGGUGCAAUUCCCGCUCUGGGAUGCGCACGGAAACGAGAUGCUCGAGAGCGUCACAGCUAUGACGAACGAGGAGCAGCGAGGAGAUCUAAAGAUCCUUGGUCAAGGUCUGCUGGCAACUCUCAAGAAGCAGCAGAAGUCAUGGAUUGGAAAGAAACCACCUGCUCGCCCGCCCGCCCCCGCCUCUGGCUCUCAAGCUCAAUCAAGCGAAUCGCAAAAGACGACGCCAGCUCCCGCAGCUGCAGCUAAGAAAGACACAACGAGAGCGGCCCAGACGCCAGCGAGCAAUGGCGACAAGCGUGAGCCUGGGGAGGCUGCCCCUGCCAAAGCGCAGAGCUCGACACUGCCGGUGCGACCUACUCCCUCUCGAACGUCUUCAUCUUCGCUGCCGUCUCGCCCUUCUCGACAGCCAGGUACUGCUGAGCGAGAGUCAAGCAAGGUCAAUGGCAGCAGUCAGCGGAGUAGCAGCGAUGCAACCAAUCCUUCGAUUCACGCCGCUCGCCAGGCGGUGCUGGAUAGUAUGAAUCCGCCAAAGAGUCCUGCUUCCACGCCUGGUGCCCAAGCCACACGAGAUCGCGCAAGGCCGUCUGCCGGUGGAGCGAGCGAAAGCAGGGCGAGCAGUCUGCGAGACAAGGACUUAGCCACUGACGGAGGAGUCACUUCGGCAUCCCGCUCUGCUCAAGCUUCGCCAAGGCGAUCGCGAGAGCCAGAGAGUCCCAGAGUGAUCGAGGCGCCCGACGUGGAAGCGAGGAGGGGCAGUAGCAGUCGUGCUGUCAGUCGGGCGUCGAGCGAGGAUUCAAGUCAAGGACGACGAUCAGACAGGAGAGACCGCGAUCGCGACCGUGACCGUGAUCGCGAUCGACGCGAGAAGGACUCUGGUAGUGAUCGCCACAGAGACCGUGACCGUGACCGUGACCGGGAUCGCGAGCGGACCCGUGAUCGUGAUCGUAGUGAUAGAUCCACCGGCACCCGCGAUCGCCGCGAUCGUGAUCGAGACCGGGAUGUUGACCGCUCCAAAGAGCGGGAGAUUGCCUCGGCACCUCGGCGCCGCGACCGAGAGGACGUGACUCCUGCCCAAUCGCCGCGCGAAGAAGCUCCGCCAGCGGCUGCACCUCCGAGUGGGCCACGUUCAUCACGCGACCGUCCUCAGGGCAGCACGUCGAGAAGACCGAGCGACCUUUUCGAUAAUCGGUCAUCAUCGCGAAAGACUGAUGACGCAGCGACGACCCAAUCAUCCGCGCCUGGAAACUCGACACCUCGGAAUACUGAGCCUCCCCGGGGCCCUGCUGUGGAUCGUGACUCAAGAGGCACUCCGUCCGGACCUUCUUCAAGCUCCCGAGGGGCAAUCGAUCGUGACCGAGUCUCGAGUCGGGAUCUCGCAGGUCCUUCUCCUCGCGAAAUCCAGCGCGAAAGGGAGAGGGGGAAGGAGCGAGAGCGGGAGAGGCCAGCUUCUGACCGUUCUGUACCGGCUUCGGCGGAUAAAGGACCGACAGAAGCAGCGACUGCUGACUCGGCGCCGCGUGGGCUCGAUCAAAGUCCGACCUCGUCUUCCAACAAUGUUGCUGCCGGGAAGAAGCGAUCGUUGGCCGAUCGUCUUUCCGCUGCGUCACCCGAACAACCGCCUACAUCCGCCAGUGGCCCACCGCCAUCCCUGGAGCGAAGGCCCUCAGCGCACGAUGGACCACGUCGCUCAUCUCCGUCGCAAUCCCGCCAGCCGUCUGGCGACGGACCGAAACGCGAGUCUCCGAAUGCUGGAGGUGGUGCAGGCGGUGGAGACGAGGAACCCGAGUCAAAACGGAUUAAGAUCAAUCGAGACAAAUUAGUCAGUCGCGAUCGCAAGGGGUGGUGGAGGCCUGGGGACGGCAGCAGCGACGAUCGCCCACCCUCGUCGCCUUCCGCUUCGACACAACAGCCAGCGGGAGUCACUGAAAGGCAAGCCUCGUCAAGCGGGGGUGGUACGAGAUCAGCGCCUUCUCCCUCUGCUGCUGCUCAGACACCUCCCGCAACUCCAGCUGCUUCGGCUGCGGCUGCACCACCGCCAGGCGAAGGUGGCUUGUCCAUCUUUGGAUCUGGCUCCCGGGGCAGAGACAAGGAGCGAGACUAUCGCGGCGGCGGCGAGCGCUCCAAUGGCCGAGGCGGACACGACUACGACCGCGAGCGCGAUCAGGGUGGCCGCGGCGGAAGGCACUCAUCCGGGGGCGGCAGUUUCGGUGCCGGCGGCGCAGGAGGAGGCGCAGAGAGAGAUCGGAGGCGAAGAGAGAGGAGGUCUGGGGCUGGAAACUAA